GAAGUUGAUUUGUAGUUUGAACACGUGGCUCAUUCAAAAAGCCGGAAUAUUAACCUGCUUUUUUGUUUUCGUUUUUGUUUGGAGGUGGCGCCAAUCUUAACGUAGUGUGACAAUUUAGCAGUUUUAUGUGCUGAAGGGGUUUGGGGGGAGAUAAAACUAAUUUACCCCUUCCCCCAGCCCGCCAUCCCGGUAAAAAGCUUACCCAAAACAGUCUUAUUUCUUGCCAAGAUUUUUUGUUGCCACUUUGUUAUCACAGUAUCCAUUAUUCCUUAAAUACUAUUGUGUUUGAUUUUAGUAGUAUUGUGUUUUGGCUUUCAUUGUUACGAUAAAGACUGGAUAAUUCUUGUCUGCUCUUAGAAAGAAGCAAAAUCAUGAAUAAGCUAUAUAUUGGCAAUCUCGGAGAAAACGUGAGCCCUAUGGAGUUGGAAAAUCUUUUUAAAGACUGGAAAAUCUCGUACACUGGCCAGUUUCUGGUGAAAACGGGGUAUGCGUUCGUGGAUUGUCCUGAUGAGAGCUGGGCUAUGAAGGCCAUUGAUACACUCUCAGGUAAAGUGGAGCUGCAUGGUAAACUCCUAGAGGUGGAACACUCUGUCCCCAAAAGACAAAGGAGUCGCAAAAUUCAAAUCAGAAACAUUCCACCUCUCCUGCAGUGGGAAGUAUUGGAGUACCUCAUGGUUCAAUAUGGCUUCGUGGAGGGGUGUGAAGAUAUUUUUACUGAUUCUGAGCAUCUGGUUUUAAAUGUGACAACCGCUUCAAAAAAGUCAUCCAGACAAGCUGUAGAGAAGCUCAACGGUUAUCAAAUGGAAACAUCUACUUUGAAAGUAGCGUAUAUUCCUGAUGAGACUGUUCCUCAGCAGUCACCGGUACAGCAACAGCCACCAUCACAACAGCAAAACCCUCAGGCCAAUAGAAGAGGCUUUAUUCCAAGAGGGCAGCCAAGGCAAGUCUCUCCAGGAGCAGCAAGGCCAAAGCAGCAGGCUGACAUUCCCCUAAGGCUGCUUGUUCCAACUCAGUUUGUUGGUGCCAUAAUAGGAAAGGAAGGUGCAACCAUUAGAAACAUCACAAAGCAGACACAGUCCAAAAUUGAUAUUCACCGCAAAGAAAAUGCUGGUGCUGCAGAAAAACCUAUUACAAUGCAUUCAACUCCCGAAGGCUGCUCUGCUGCAUGUAGAAUGAUCAUGACGAUUAUGCAGAAAGAAGCCCAGGAUACAAAAUUUACCGAAGAAAUCCCUUUGAAGAUUUUGGCACACAAUAAUUUUGUUGGGCGACUUAUCGGCAAAGAAGGAAGAAAUCUGAAGAAAAUUGAACAAGAAACUGAUAGUAAAAUAACAAUAUCUCCUUUGCAGGAUUUAACACUCUAUAACCCAGAGAGAACCAUUACAGUUAAAGGCAGUGUCGAAGCUUGUUGCAAGGCAGAGGAGGAAAUAAUGAAGAAAAUCAGGGAAUCCUAUGAAAAUGAUAUUGCUGCUAUGAAUCUUCAAGCACAUUUAAUUCCUGGUUUAAACUUGAAUGCCCUGGGGCUUUUCCCACCUUCUUCUCCUGGAAUGCCACCACCGCCACUAGGUAGCACACCACCUACAGCUGCACCAUAUCUACCAUUUCAACAGCCAGAAUCUGAGACUGUUCAUCUGUUUAUCCCAGCUUUGGCUGUGGGAGCAAUCAUUGGAAAGCAAGGACAACACAUAAAGCAACUUUCUCGGUUUGCAGGGGCCUCUAUUAAGAUUGCUCCAGCUGAGGGACCAGAUGUAAAGCAAAGGAUGGUGAUAAUCACAGGACCACCAGAAGCGCAAUUUAAGGCUCAAGGAAGAAUUUAUGGGAAACUUAAGGAAGAAAAUUUCUUUGGACCCAAGGAAGAAGUGAAACUGGAAGCUCAUAUUAAAGUACCAUCAUUUGCAGCUGGCAGAGUAAUAGGCAAAGGAGGAAAAACGGUGAAUGAGUUACAAAAUUUGACCAGUGCAGAGGUUGUAGUUCCUCGAGAACAAACUCCUGAUGAAAAUGAUCAAGUUAUUGUGAAAAUUACAGGCCACUUCUAUGCAAGUCAGGUAUGA